AUGCAGGACCAGCUUUUCCUAACGCCAGCAGCAAUCACCAGGCGGAGUCCGUGUCCGCCAGCGCUCUGUCCCGACUUGAAUCGCUACGCUAUGACUAAGCGAAAACCCAGCGACUUCAGAGCAGAUUUCGGAGGUUUGAGCAGCCUGCAAGAAAUCCAACAACGUCGGGAAAGAGAGAGAAAAGCAAGCGGGACGUCGAUAUCCACCGCCUGGCGCCCUCAACCUCGCCUUCCUCUAGCCAGACACCAGACGUCAGGCUCCCUCGAUACCUCUUCUCCAGUUAACUAA